AUGAAGAUGUUUGAGGAAAAGGUAGUGAAUAUUGAGGCUAUUGUUGGAAAUGCUUUAGUAAUGCAGAAGUCAUAUAAGGAACUCAAGAGUAAACCUGUUUCAGCUAUCAGACAACAAUGCAGAUGGGAAUCCCCACCUUCUGGAGUUUUUAAACUUAAUGUAGAUGGAGCAUUUUCUUCAAAUGGUUCUGUGUCUGGCAUAGGAGUUAUUGUCAGAAACUCUAAGGGAGAGGUGAUUAUGUCUGCUGCAAAGAAAGAACUUUCUGUCAUGACUGCUGUAGAAGUUGAGGCUUUAGCUAUUAUUCGAGGACUACAAUUAUGCAUUGAUCUUGAAAUUCAAAAUCUUGUUAUAGAAAGUGACUCAUUGCUGGUUGUUAAAGAAUUCAAUAAGCAAGGAUCUUCAAAGGCUACUUUUGGCAAUGUUAUUAGAGAGGCUAAGGAAUUGGUGACACGAUUUGGUACUUGUGAAGUGCAGCAUGUUAAUAGAAGCUGUAAUGAAGCAGCACAUUCACUUGCAAAGUUUGGUUUAAGUGUGCAGAAUAUUAGUCUAUGGUGGGGUGCAUACCUUGAUGUAAUUUCUAAUAUUCUUUGGAGUGAUUCAAGUACUUUGUAA